CCCCCCUCCAGACCCUCCGAUUCCUCCUGUGGGGCUGGGAGCGUCUUUCUCCUCCCUUUGGGGCGCUUGUGGGGCAGCAGCCAUGGCUUUUCCUGGGGUCCCCCUGAUGCUGCUGCUGGGGGCGCUGGCCCGGAUCCCCGGAAGCGAAGGGGGGAAGGAGACCCCCGCCCAUUUCCUGGCCCAGUGGAAGGUCGAGUGCCGCUUCCUCAACGGGACGCAGCGGGUGAGAUACCUGGACAGGCUCUUCUACGACCGGCAGGAGAUCAGCUACUUCGACAGCGACCUCGGGAAGUUCGUGGCCGUCACUCCGUUGGUGCAGCCCGAUGUGGACAGGUGGAACAGGGAUGAGCAGCGCCUGCAGUACCAGAAGGACUCCGUGGAUCGCUUCUGCCGGAACAACUACGAGAUUCUCCAGGGCGGCCCUGUGAUUGGCCGGAGAGUCAAGCCCUCCGUCUCCAUCUCCCCCACCAAGAUGGAGCCCUCUUCCCCCAACACCAUCCUCCUCUGCACCACGACCGGCUUUUACCCCGCGGAGAUUGAGGUCCAGUGGCUGAAGAACGGGCGGCCGGAGGAGGAGGGCGUGGCCUUCGGGGAGGAGCUCCAGAACGGAGACUGGACCUACCAGUUCCAGGUGAUGCUGGAGACUCAGCCCCAGAGGGGGGAUGUCUACACUUGCAAGGUGGGGCAUGCCAGCCUGGAGGCCCCCAUCACCGUCCAGUGGGAGCCCCGUUCCUCCAGCUCUGCCAGGAGCAAACUCUGUACGGGGAUCAUGGGGGCCGUGAUAGGAGUGGCCUUCCUGGCUGUGGGGCUCUUCUCCUACCUGAAGAGCAAGAAAGCAAUUCCCAUCCAACCUCCUGCAGCACUCAUGAAUUAAUCCUGCUCUCCGAUGCAAAAGGAUAUUUUUUCUUUAGUGGCUGAUGACUCUUUGUCCUGUUUGCAACCUCUGAGAAAUGGAGGCUGAAGGUUGGGAGAGGAGGAGAAUGGCAGCCUGGACCUUCUCCUGCUGAGACCCCCCCCCCAGCUUCCUUUCAGGUCCUCUCUUUCUUGGGAGGGAGGGGUGGAGACCAUCUAGACCAGCCAGCCUCAAAAUACAGCCCGCAUAAGGUCGCCAAUGCAAAGUAUCCGGCCCGCGGAGUGGUGUGAUUAAGCCCCGCCCCUCACCCUGGGCCUUCUCUUCCAGGGAGCCAACUGGGAGGCCGGCUGAGGGGAGAUCUUGCCGGUGCAGCCUUGAAAAGCAGCUCUGGGCUUGUAAAGUCCUGCUUUCAAUUAAAAGUCUUUGAAAACAAUUUAAACAGGCGCUUAGGAAGGAGAAAGGCAAAAAAAUGGACUGUUAAAUUGGCCACACCCACCCAGUCACAUGACCACUACGCCCAGGGAGCAGUCCGGCCCCCCCAACAGUCUUAGGGACUGAAUCGGCCCCCUGUUCAAAAAGUUUGCGGACCCUGAUCUAGACUGUCCCCAGGGACGCUGGGCCCACCUGUCACCCCAUCUCUCCUGGCUUUGAACCCACAGCAGCUUCAUCUACAUUAUUCGUCCUCCGAGUCACUUCUCUUCCCUUCGCUUUGCUCUAAAAGAAUAAACUUUAGAAGCAGGAAAA